AAAGAGCGGACAGAUUGGGAAUAUAGCAUUCUUAGAUGAGAACAGUCACCUGGUGGAGCAUGGCUCUAGAUCACAUCUAUACAGAGGGACACAGUACAGUACCUUAAGAAGCGAUGGAAUUUAUCAGCGGAAGUGCCGCUCAUAGAGUAGGCGAUCUCCACCUUAUUUCUGCCAGAUAUUUCAAUGCAUAUGCGUUCUAUCUACUUCACUAUUUCUACUGCUUGCGCUCAUUGGUGCUUCUCGUUGAAUUCCUUCGUAAAUAUCGCCCUCUCUCCGUACCCAACCAGUUCUCUAGUAGAAGACUUUCUCCGGACCAAUCCCUGCGAAUGUUGCGCCAUUCCCCCAAUCCGGAAAAAAGAAAGCUUAUUCCACCUUGAUUUUCCUCCCAACUCCUGCAGUGCUUACGAAGUCCAAACUCAGCCUCACCUCGCCACCCAAACCUGCCCCAAAUUAUUACCUUUCUUGCACAACUCCCCGAAAAAGCAAAUAAAUACACCAUUUCGCACCAAUUAUAUCGCUAAAGCCCUGCAUGGAACUGGAGUAAGCAACCUGCAGUGAAUCCCCGAGUACCGGGCCAGCCACCUUAUCGUCCUCGGGACGAUUUGGCGAUGGGGAUUGGUCGUCACGGAGUCUUAGUUAGGAUAGCUUCCU